CUUCCAAAAUGUAAACAAAGCUUUGAAUUGUUUUUCCCAUAAACCUUCAAUAUUUAGUGUCAUCUCUAUUUUUCUGUGAUAAAUGAUUUAUAUUAUCCUCAUUUAAAUAUGUAUAAUUAACUUAUUUGUAAAUACUAUUUGAUGUUUUUAGUAAGAAUCAUCCACUCUCAUGACUUCUAUUCCUACCAACCAAGUCCAUUGGUUUUAUCGAAAGAACGAAGCAACUGAUGAUGAAUGGCAGCCAUUUUCUAGAUGCGAUUCAAAUCGAUUGGAGGAUGUGUAUCAGAAAACCUCGAAUCAGUUAGAUGAAGGAAGAUUCCAGUCUGAUACCAAUCAUAGACUUGCUAGUAAUUUACACAAUGACAGUGAAGGUGAAAGCAACAACCAAACAGAUAGUAAUGGUGUCGAGCCUAUUGUGUCAACCAAUGGUGGAAGAUAUGAUGUUUACUUGAAUUCUCGAUGUCGUAAAGCAAUUUAUUGGUCAGAAUCGGAUAGCCUAGUGCUUAGAGCAACAUGGUUUUAUCGACCUGGAAGUAGAAUGAGUUACAAACCAUUCGAUGAAGAAACAGCCUCUAUAUUGGAAAUUACGUAUCAGGAAUGUCUUCAAACCGGCAUUUGGAAUCGUAAGAUUUUUACUACAGCUGGUGAUACAAUUGUAUUUCAUAAUGCUAAGGUGUUUGCUCAUUAUGAAGCUGAUCAUGCACCAUAUACCGAUGAUUGGAGCAACAUUACUGAUAAUUUAACCAAACCAGGAAAGGUUUGGCGCGGUGUUCAAGACCUUAACUUUGAGGAAGGUGAGGCAGAUGCUAUCGAUCAUUUGGUUUUUGUUGUUCACGGAAUUGGCGAAAUUUGUGACUUACGAUGCAGAAACUUAAUAGAGGUUGUUGAUGAUUUUCGUCGAUUAACCAAUAGUUUAGUCAAGACUCAUCUAUUCGAAGAGGUGAAAAAUUUAUUAAGAAUUGAAUUUAUUCCUAUAUCAUGGCAUUCUGCGCUACAUGGAGAUGAUACUGGUAUUGAUAAUAGACUUAAUUUGAUUACUCUCAAUAGUAUCCCAAAGAUGAGACACUUUAGUAACGAUACGAUAUUAGAUGCUCUUUUCUAUACAAGUCCUGUUUACUGUCAAAUCAUUAUCGACACUGUGGCUAACGAGCUUAAUCGUGUGCAUAAUCUUUUUUUAAAAAGAAAUCCAAGCUUCAAUGGUACUAUUAACCUAAUGGGACACAGUUUAGGAUCUUUAAUUAUUUUUGAUAUUCUUUCCAAUCAAAAAACUAACUCAGCAGAUUUACAAGAAGAAGUGCAAACAUUUCCUGACAAGUCACUGAAAACAGACAAUACUCUUCAAUAUCAAUCUCUAGAUGAAAUUUUUGACCAUCUUGAUCUCACAGAAUAUGUUGAUCGAUUCAAGAGCGAAAAAAUUGACUCAAUCACCUUAUUCAACUUGAAUGAAACUCAUUUAAUCCAAUUAGGCCUUGAAAUGGGUCCAAGAGUAAAGCUUCUGAAAUUUAUAACAGAUAACUCUGUCAAUCAGUGUCUUGAAAAAUUACAGACUCAAAGAGAAAUGAUCUCGGACCAAUCUAUUAAGUACCCGCAACUAUCCUUCAAUACAAAAUGUUUCUUCGCCCUUGGUUCACCUAUUGCUGCGUUUCUCACCGUUCGAGGAAUUACAAGCUUGUCCAAUGAUGAUCUAGGUCUACCAACUUGUGAUCAAAUUUUCAACAUAUUUCACCCCUUUGAUCCAAUAGCCUAUCGUAUGGAACCAUUGAUUGAUGAACAUUUUCACAGCAUCCCUCCAUGCCAGAUACCUCAUCAUAAAGGACGCAAACGAAUGCAUCUCGAGUUGAAGGAAAAUCUCAUCAAAAUGGGAACUGAUUUGAAAGAGAAAGUUUACAAUUCAUUAAAACCUGUAUGGGACUCAUUGUAUGGACUAAAACGAGUUCGAAGUAUAACCUCUUUCACUGAUAAUCAAGAACCAUCACCAACUCCUUCUACAUCAUCGAAUGCCAAAGAAGCUGACUUCGAAAGUGAUUUAGGAACAACUGACGACGAAGAAUCUAAAUUGGACGAUGAAAAUAAAAUAAUUGAUCUAUCGAAUCUCGAUCACCCUUGUUACAAAUUCAAUUCAACAGGUAGAGUUGAUUACGUUCUCCAAGAAGCACCCAUAGAGUUUUUCAAUGGUUAUAUUUUUGCACUGGCCACUCACACCUGCUAUUGGCAAUCGGAGGACACAGCGCUCUUCGUUUUGCGAAAUAUUUAUAAGAACGCUCCUCAAUCAUAAUUAACAAUCUUACUUGAAUUAUGUUUUAAUAUAUCAUUCAUUUUCAAAGAUUCAACUCUGUUUUACUUGUUUUUACAUGCAAUACAUUUUGAAAUUUUAAUUUAUCAUUUACCAAACAACCGUUUGUGAACUCAUUAUUGAAUUGGAAAGAUUUUCCUUCAAUAUCCAACAGAUUAUGAAUAUUGUGCAGACAAAUAUCCUUUAAACCUAAAUGAAAUUUACAUUUGUAACAGUGACUGUUUAUAAAUUAGCCUCAACUCAGAUCGCUUCAAUUUGUAAUACUUAA